AUGAUAGACUCGGAUAACCUGCGCACAGCGUCGCUGUACAUCAAUAACCAGCUUCUGUCCCGAGGACUGCUGCGCGAUGGCCAGAGCAUCGACUUUGCCGACCCCGGCAGGGGCGAGGACCUGGAGGAGACGAUGGGCAAGAUCCUGAGCGUGGUGAACGACUUGAUCUUGCGACGCGAUCGUGAUGCAGAACACCGCGAGUCGCUUUCCACAACGCUGCGCACCGUGCGCGCCGAGGCACUCCGGCAGACAAACGACAUCCAGCGGCUGCAUGAGAAGCAUGCCGAGACACAGCGCAAGCUCAACCUGGGCGAGGCGGCUGAGAAUGCCCUGCGUACACAGCUCAAGGCUGCCGAGGCGAGCGUGCACAAGCUCAAGGAGGAGGCCGCGCGGACCAAGAAGCUCGUGGCCGAGACGCGGUCUGUGUGCGCGAACGAGGUGCGCAAGCGCGAUCGCCAGAUCGACGGGCUGAAGAAGGCCGUCUCGGAGGCCGGGCGGGCGAGAGGCGAGCGGAAGAACCCCGGCAUCACGACGAUUACCAUCACCGGAGACAUCGGGGCUGAGCGUGCCGACGAUUCCAUGUUGUCAACGGCGAGCGACGGCUACGACCUGCGCCAGGAGACGAACGCGUUCCUAGCAGAGCUCGCUAAAGGCUUGAGCGAGGAAAAUGAGACGCUUCUGAAUCUUGUGCGCCAAACGAGCGACAAGCUCAAAGAGAUGAGCGGUUUUGAGAAGGGAGAAGCAAUGGCGGGGCAUGGAGACGGCCAUGCCAUCGCCCUACAAACCAAUUGUCAAGAUCUGUCGAACGAGAUUGAGGCAAUCUUGGAGCAUUUACGCACAAUCCUCACAAAUCCUUCAUUCGUUCCCAUUGAAGAAGUUGUCGUACGAGAAGAGGAGAUCAACAGACUCAGGGAAGGGUGGGUGAGGAUGGAGACAAGGUGGAAGGAGGCUGUCCACCUGAUUGACGGCUGGCGGAGGCGAAUGGCUCUCAGUGGCCGUCCAGUCAACAUGGAGGAGCUCAAAAUGGGCUUAAGGCUGAGCCCCGUCCGCGUAAAGGAUGUCGAAGAGACGUCACAAGGUCUAGGACUACAUCUAUCCACUCUCGAGGAGGAGGAAGAAGAGCAGAGCAGCAUCUUCCAUCAAGUACAGUCUCCCAGCCCUGCAGAGUCUCUUCACCUUGUUCCCGCACCUGAAUACGAGGAAGAGGAAGAGGAAGAUGCAAGCGACUCGGAAUCUAGCAUCUUCCAAGACGAUGUGGAGAUCGACGAGCUGGAUGUUUCUGAACCGAACCAGAGCCCGUUGACAAUGGCCACCAUAGCAGCCAAGCUCGCCGCCUCCGAGCGGGAAGCUGAUGCAGCCCGUGUCCGUGCCAAGCUGAAGGCAGCGCGCCUCGGCAAGCGCACGAGCCUGGCUCCGUCGAACGCGUCCACCGCCACCUCGGGCAUCAGCUCGCGGACGUGCAGCGGCGAGUCCUACCCUGGUGAUCCUUCAAAGAAGGAGCUGUCGGCCAGUCGGGAGUCGCAGGACGAGAACGGGCUGGACGGCGGCGCCUCGGUGCAUCCCGGCUCUCAGGGGGAAGACCAGCCGGUGUUGCAACAGAGCACCGAGGAGAAAGAGAAGCCUCGGAAGCGGGAUAGGAGAGCGAGCAAGGUCGCUUCCAGGAGACGGAGCACGUUGAACCCGUGGGAGCUGCAGUCUUUAAUCGCAGGAGAUGUGAACGUGCCUCCCUCACCAGCGAGGUAG